AGAGAAAUGGAGGUUAAAUGUAAACCUAAAGUGGGUUACAUGAAGAAGCAACCAGACAUCACUAACAGUAUGAGGGCUAUCCUUGUGGACUGGUUAGUGGAAGUAGGAGAAGAAUAUAAGCUACAGAAUGAGACGUUGUACUUGGCUGUAAACUACAUUGACAGAUUCCUUUCAUCGAUGUCUGUAUUGAGAGAAAAACUUCAGCUUGUGGGCACUGCUGCUAUGCUUUUAGCCUCAAAGUUUGAAGAAAUAUAUCCUCCAGAAGUAGCAGAAUUUGUAUACAUUACAGAUGACACCUAUACCAAGAAACAAGUUCUGAGAAUGGAACAUUUAGUUUUGAAGGUCCUUGUUUUUGAUUUAGCAGCACCAACAAUAAAUCAGUUUCUUACUCGAUACUUUCUACAUCAGCAGUCAGCGGACUGCAAAGUUGAAAGUCUAGCCAUGUUUCCGGGAGAAUUAAGUUUGAUAGAUGCUGAUCCAUACCUGAAGUAUUUACCGUCAGUUGUUGCUGCUGCAGCCUUUCGUAUAGCACUCUACACAGUCAGGGGACAGAGCUGGCCUGAUUCUUUAGUACAGAAGACUGGAUAUACCCUAGAAAGUCUUAAGCCUUGUCUCAUAGACCUUCAUCAGACCUACCUCAGAGCACCACAGCACGCACAGCAGUCAGUAAGAGAAAAAUACAAAAAUUCCAAGUAUCAUGGUGUUUCUCUCCUCAACCCUCCAGAUACAUUAAAUGUGUGAAAGUGAAGAGACUGCUUUUGUUUUCCAAGAUGUAAAUCACUCAAAGUAUAUGAUGUACAGUUUUUAUUUGGUUUUAGUUUUUACAAAUAAUUUCUGAAUACAAAUAUGGUGGUCAAUUACAAAAUUAUGGUAUCUAUUUUUAAAAUGGUUUUAAUUUGUAUAUCUUUUGUACAUGUAGCUAAUUUAGAUGAUUGGCUAAUUUUAUGUGGUUUUUAUUAAACCAAAUAAUGCCAGCUAUCAGGAUUAUUAAUAAACUGAUUU